UGAGGGGAAGUGGAACUACUAAUGAACCGCAGCAAAUAUGGUAUGGUAUGGUAUGGUGGCUUACUGCCGCAAAGUUACAAUUACAUUUAGGGCACAAGUUUUCGAAUUGAUGUCUUAGAAAAAAUCGCCAAGUGUUUCAGUUGUAUCUCUAGUCAAACCUAAAGCUAGGUCUGCGAUGUAAAACAACUCUACAUUCUAAAUUAGAUUAUAUAAUUAUUUUAAAUCAUAUAAUAUCACCUGGUUAGAGAUGUCUGAAGGAAAUUGGAUUAUAUGUUGCAGGGUUCAAUGCAACCCUGCAACGUAGGGACUAUUGCUUUCUUGCAGUAGUAUGUCUUUCUGCUUGAUGCAUCAUCACCCCCAUUCAAACGAAUUGGUUCAAUCGACGUAAUGUGGCAGAUAUUAGGCACAUUCCAUUUCCGUGUAGCCUACCACAAACAUGAAGCAAAUAUACAUGCAUUCCCAAGGCCUACAUAGUAUAAUAUACGACACAAUUCUGACAGAUCAAAUGACAGAAUAAUCUCUAAAAGAAAAAUAAGGCAAUUUGACUUUAUGGCCUUUGUAGGUAAUCGUUCCAUGCACAGGUUGCCAGGUUGGGACAUUGCACCCAAGGAAAGGAUAGCCACUGCCAGACCUGGCAACAUUGACUAUGCGCUGGUUAGUGUAAGAAGUAUGGCGGACAUAGAAAGCGAAAGGCUAGAAUUGGCUCUGGAGAAUUUGUUUGUGAGACACUGCAGUGGGAAAUCUGCUCCGAAAAGCAAAGAAUAUUGCGGUGAAUUUUGUAAGUUGGUGGAAGAGCAUACCGGAAGAUGGCAGGUACCUCUUCCACAACUGAAAGUACUACGGUCUGCGCUCUGCAGUUUCACUACUGCAGCCGCUGUUUUUCCAGCCGAAUGUCAGCACAUCCAUUACACCCUGAGCAGCCUGGCCGUGAGCUUUUUUGAGCUAAUGCUUUUCUUCAGCAAAGAAGAGUUUUCGGAAUACCCUUUAAAAGACAUCAUCGAUUCCUUUCAGGCAUGCCAUUCACGGUUGUUGCAACAUAACAACACCUACAUGCAACAAGUGAAGCAGGUCAUCAAAGUUGGGGGACCCUGGGAAAGUCUAGUGCUUCAGGAUAUUCUGCAAGAGGCUUCUGUUCAACAAGCCGAUGUUGAGGAGUACUUCAGCUCGGAGGUCCCUCUGUUCCUGGAAUUACGUGUGCGCUACUUGCAGGCGUGUGAGCGUUUGCAGGAGGCCAUGGCCCUGGCCAAAAGCUGCAUGGAGAACAGCAAGGCUAGCAAACACCUGUACUUCCACCAGGCCUACCUCACCUGCCUCUACAAGGCCUCGCUACAUGAACACAUGCACAAGGAGAUGGCAGAGAUAGAUGGCCGUGAUGCGGUGGAGAUCAUCUGCAACACGGAGAGUGUCGAGGAGGAUGAGCUUCUGUUGUCCCUGUGCAAGGCCUUUCUAAAUCAGCAGCUGCAAAAUGGGGACAUGUACUACAUCUGGGACCUAGUCUUUUUAUGGAGCAGGCUGUUUCUCCGAGCCCAUCCGUCUGGACAGGGGUUCCUGGCGGAGUGCCAUCAUUUGGUGUCGACUGCUACCAACAUAAGAGCAAUAUUCCCCUUCAUCAAAGUAGUCCAUGCUGAGCUGGGCAGUGAAGGGGAACAGUUCUGCGUGGAGGUUUGUGCCAGGGGCUUGCAGAUGUGUGAUUUGCAAGCCCAUCCAGAGAUCCACUCCUUGCUGUGCAAGACCAUAGCCUUCCUCCUGCCCUAUGACCUGGAAGUGUGUCAAGCUUGCGCACUGCUGGUCUUCUGCCAGGAGCGCAGCCUGGAGGCCUACAAGACAGUGUGCCUACUCUACACACAACCAGAGCAGGAGCAGCACCCACACAACAACCCUGUCCCCACCAACAUUCGCUUUUACAUCCUCCAGGUGCUAAAGGAGCGCCUUUGCUUUGAUCCUGAGUUCUGGAACCUGUUGACACUCAGGACUUAUUGUCUGGAGCUGAUCAGUGACCAGGCCAUGAAAGAGGCCGUUCUCAGCGAGAUGGAAGUGGACGAGGAACAGUACCCCGCGGAACCCAAACCAGAUGGACACACGACAGACUUUUGGGUUCACAGCUCAACCACAAGCCUUGAUUUUGCUUUAAUCUCUCCUGGCCUACCGACACUUGAGUCCGGGGGACUAAUGGACUGUCAGCCUGAGCCGUCCAAAAAUACUCUACUAGUAAACAGGAAAAAACGCAGAAGGAAGCGGAUAUGUUUGAGACAACAGUCCUGGUCUGAUGACGAGGCAGACGUUGACGAUGACCCAGAGUUCAAAUCCAACAUGGCGUCGAACCGGGCAGAUGGUCCUCGCAAAUACUCGCUCAGGCGCAAACAUACGGUGCUGGAAAAACACAAGUCUGACAAGCCCGAGCGCCAGAGAGAAUACCUUUCAAGAUGUGUGAAGAAUCAGAUCUUUAAAAGGAAAGGUCGAAAGAGAAGAUGGCUGCAGGGUGUUCCCAGGCUGGAUCAGGGACAAGUGCUUAAAGAUUUUACGACGGUCAAAAUAAACGGCAGAAAACGUGGACGGAAACCUUUCCCGAAGCUUGAACUUUCUUUCCCCGAUAACGAGCUGUGGCUCCAGAAUGAGAGGCGGGAUGAAUUGGAAACGACCAUGUUGGAAAGAGAGUUGUUGGAGCCUUUCUUAAGUAACCCACAUUCUGAAAUCGGAGAAAGCAUUGGACCGGAGAAGGUGACCUUGUACCAGAGUCACACACUUAAAGAAAAUGAACGUGGGACUAAGGAUGACUGUAUUCAUCUCAUUGAGCCCAAGACGGAGGCGGAACCUAAGCCUACCGAGGAAGCCUGUGGAGUGCCAGCUACCGAGUCUGAUAAUACUCUUGGUAGCGCACUUUCGGAGUCCACCAGCGUUCUCAUACAAGUGUUCCACAACUACUGUCGCCAAGAAGAAGUGUCUGGUGAUUGGGACCCACAGCCACUGGAAUCCACAACGGUUCGGUCCCAAAAUGGUGACACAAAACUGGAGGGUAGCCCUGUUCAAACAGAAGAGGAGGACUCAAAUACCCCGGCUACUAGCAAUUUAUCGUGGAGAGACCGGCUUCAUCGCACCGAGUUAUCCAGCCACCUGAGGCACUGCUGCACGCUCUGUGUGAAGGACUUCAAAGGCCUGAAUGUGAUGAGACACGCAAUCUCCCACCUGCGGGGCAAGCAACUACUGUGCAUAUUCUGUAGCAGACGGUUCAAGCAGUUCCGAAUAGCCAAAAGACACAUUCUGGAGCAUAUUGACGAGAUGCGUAGGGUCAAGACCGCCCCCGACCCGCCGGACGUUAAGGUGGUCCUCACCAGAGAAGGUAGCGUCAUCCGAAACCUCCGCAGUCUUCUUAAAAGGAGUCUUCCUGGACAAAAGACCCAUAAGAGCACCACUGGUCACCUAUGGCAGGGGGCUCCAUUCAAGGAUGAACAGGUAGUCAUCGAGGAGGACUUGGUCAUUGUGAAAGAUCCAUCUUUCUUGGAGGAGAAGGGGGAAGGCAUGGAGAAGGAGAAUCCGGUGGAUGGAAAGUGUGGCGCUGGUGAAUUUAUUUAUUACCUGUGCCCCUCGGAGCGUUGUAAUAAAGUAUUUCUAAAGAUGAACGCCAUCCUACUGAAGCAUGCCAUCAAAUACCAUUUGAAAGAAGAGAAUGUGUUGGAGAAGACGUUUCUAUGGUCUAAGAGCAAAUGCACAAUCUGCGUAAGGCCGAUGGACUUCCUCCAGCAGUACAAGGAACAUAUGCAGCUCCAUGAUGCGCCCAAUUGCCACUUCUGCUACCACCAAGACUGCGAGGGUCGCUUUGUUACCGCCCUGAAACUUAAAGAGCACGUAAAGACCCACCAACCGCUCAGAGCCCAGUGCUACAACCCAGAAUGCAAACAAGUCUUCCCAAACCUCCAGGGCCUCUACGACCAUGAGUGGAGACACUAUGUCCCAGCGCCGCUAAAGCAGGAUCUGGAGGCCCCGGCUAGUACUGUUAAUCAAAUCCCACAGAACUCUGAAGCGCCCUGGAAACAGCGAGUAAAGAUUGAGGAGAUCUGGCUGAGUGGCAAAGAGCAGAAAGAAAAUUCUAAAGCACAAAACCUGGAGUCGUUGGACAGUCUCCCGCUCAGAGAUGGGGAAACCGCUGAAACAGUAACGGAAAAACCCUCGGACAGCAGGCCUGCCAUGCUGUGCACGUCCGGGACAUCACCAAAGAUAAAUGAGCGUUCCGAGGGUCUAGACCACAACAUAACUCUUCUUAACGGCCAUGCAUCCGAGGUGAGGGUAGACAAAACGCAAAUGGAGCCAACCACUUCCCACAUCGCUACCCUAAUGGCUCUAGAAAACCCACUCUUCUUGGAGGAGUCGCUGAAUGUCAAAGCUUGCGUGACCAAACUGACCCAGGUCCUGGACACGCCACAGAUCACGGAGGACAAAGCCUCCAAAUGUGACGGUUGUCCGCGGGCGCACUUCCACAGCGCUCCCCAAAUCAGGUUACCGCCCUCCGCCUACCUCACGGAGACCGAGCUUAACAUGCCCAAAAGGAGAGAAAAUCCGGCGACCGUGAAGAGUACCAAAACUCUAUCAUGGAGGGCCAGGCGUGUGCAAGAACAAGAAGAACAAGCGGCGGCGGCGGCUCAGGCCCUCGCCGAUGCUGCAGCAAGCAACACAAGGCGGCGCUGCAGCAGAUGCCUCUCCUCCUACAAUACCCCAAAGGAACUAGAGGAACACCAAGCACUCAAUAAGUGCUCUGCACUCUUUGGUUUUGAUACAGAUGAUGAAAGUGAUUAAAACAAUUGUAACUUUCAAAGCAGAGACGGGCUGUCCUGGCCCAACCAGGCUCAUUCAAUCUGGCCCCCUAAUCAUCCUCCUGUAUAAUUGGCCAACUCCCUCACUCUCCACCUCAAGCUGGUGUGUGGUGAGCGUUCUGGCGCAGAUUGGCUGCCGUGCAUCACCCAAGUGGGUGCUACACACUGGUGGUGGUUAGUGAGGUCCCCCCUUCACUGUAAGUGUCUUUGAGUGUCUAGAAAAGCACUAUAUAAAUUCAAUCCAUAUUAUUAUUAUUAUCUAUAAACCAAAUUAACCAUUUUAAAAUCGUUUGUAGUUCUCCUUGGUUAAAACAGCAUUUAAAGAAGAGUUAAAAGGUUGUGGUGGCCAGGAUUUGAAGGCGCUUUUAGACUUAACAGAAUAUGGUCAACAGCCUCUUUGCUACUGAUUUGAUAUUGUAGGCACACUCGGUUCCUUGUUCCCCAAUAUGUCUCCCAUCUCAUUAAAAGCAUUAAGUCGCCCAUCUGCUUUGGAUCAAUCAAAGAUCACCUUUUCUGUUUUAGGGGAAGUUAUUUGGUUUGGAUUGUUUUUCUCAUUUUGUGGGAAUUUCCUUUUCCUCAACAAUAGUCUUCCGAAUACAUCAGGUUCAAAGCUGAUGGGGUUUUCGCCCAAACAUUUUUACAAAUAAUGUUUAGCAGAAAAUGUCAAGUUGUGAUUGUUUCUUUCACUUUCUCCAUGUUCAGUGAAUCUCAAAGAACUCACUAGGCUUUUAACAAUAUAUAUAUAGUUUUAAAUUGUGUAGGUUUUGAAUUGCCUUUCAAUAGUCUAUGGAAGAAUCCUUUAUAAUUUACUGAAAAAUAAACAAUGCUAUCAGUAUUUCAGAUUAAAAUAUUUUCUACGUGGAUUUAUUAGCUAAUUAGUUUCUACAGAUAUAGCAACAUUUAUUGCCAAUAUUUUCUGUGCUCAAUAUCAACAUAAAAUGUAUGUGUUACCAUUGUGUAGUACCAAAAACAAAUGGUGGUUAUUAAUUACUAUUUGGCAUAAAUUUUUGCUAUACGAUAAAUACUUCGCAUGAGUAACUGCAACAAAUUAGGCCUACUCCUUCAUGAAGAAUUUCAACAAAUUUUUUGUCACCACAUGGAAAUGGACCACAAUAUACUCGUGCAACUUGUUUUACUCAGUCAAGUAUUGAUUUUGCUUUUAUUUUUUAAAGUUGUGUUGAGGCUGGAAAACCAAGCGAUUACAAAACCAACUAUUUGAAAUGACAAGAUCUUUGCAGUGAAUUCUAGAAGUAUGAUUAUCAACUUAACUCCCUAAUAUUACAUAGCGAGGAUGAACUGAAAUGUAGGGUGUAAUGUAAUGAAAGGGUUAUAUCAAUCAUUACCAUGACAAUAGGGUCUACCAUGUGUUGCUUAAGUAGGGUCAGAACAUGGAUCUGGCAAAGCAAUGCAGAGGCACUACAGGCCUCCAUUGGCAAGGCCUGGUGCAAUUUUCAAGCAAUAUCUCUCAAUACAGGCUUUCCCAUGACUUACAGUGAAGCCUUGUGCAAGACCGAUUACUUAAGUACUUUAUUUAUCAAAGGGAAAUCUAAGGAAGAGCAUACCAAUGAUACAUGCAAUAAACAGUGCAAGUGGGGUCCUGGAGAGUGGUAUUCAGUAAAGAAAAAGCAGUACAGGAAGUUGUAUUUCGUGGCAAAGUUUUGCUCAGAGAUUUUCCUUGCACCUGAGAUUAGGCAGUUACAUUGGAGGGGGGAAGCAACUUCAAAUAAAAAUGAGUGCCGACAUUUUUUUACAUAGAUUUUCUAGGAAAGAAUGUUAGGAAAAAUAAAUUAUAUUAAAAGUUCCCUUUCAAAAUUGAACGUGCAAAUCAGAAAUAUAUUAACAUCUAUGCCAAAUACCUGCAAAAAAAAGCAGCAUUUGUGAUUUCCCCUGGCUUAAAGUGGAAGACCUGGUUUCAAAUGAUAACAUUACAGAGAAAUAGAGGAAGACAGCACUUAACGUCACCGAAUAGUUAGGAUUACAUUGGAGACAUGUAGCACUACACAGUUUAAGUUUAGUGCAGCAUUACCUGUUCAUCCUGAAAAAGGGUUCAUGUAUCCCUAGAUUACUUAAACCUUUAAAAUAGUACGUGUUCGAUUGUGCAAGCGUUCCACUAUCAAAAGGGGACAUUAAUGGCAACCGCCACUCUCCCGGGGAAAGCAGUUUAGUGUAUUUGCAUAACAGCGUGCUGAACGCUGGAUAAGACGGGUAUACACUGGCCUCAAUCUUCUGGCAUAGGAACUACAGCAUAGCAGAAAAGGGUGCUUGGACGCCGAGAUUUUGUGCCAUUCAGAGGUUGAGAACCUCAAUGGGUGCUGUUGGUGCUCCAAUCGUAAGGAAGAUAGCUGACUUUGGUCUUCCCAGCAGAGAGGAUGCCCUGCAAGUUGCUCUUCUUGGGUGAGUCACCCAUGUGCUCCAGCACCCAGUUUAAAAGCUGGGAAGUUGUUUGUAGCAUGGGUAGGAACAUUGAAAUGGAUU